AUGCUGCACUUCAAGCUCCUGCUACUUCUGGCAACAGUAGCGUUGACCAGUUGUGAUGUCUCUCAUAUCCUAGAAGAACCCAAAACGGAGCAGCCACCACCAAUUCCGUACUCAUUCUCCUACACCGCUGGAAGGUACCCGGGCCACACGGACAGACAGCACUCGGAAGUCAGUGAUGGCAGCGUAGUCAAAGGUUCAUACUCCUACGUGGACCCCCGUCAAAAAGUCCGCACAGUGGAAUACGUCGCGGAUAAAGAGGGCUUCCAUCCAUUACUUAGUGAAGUUCCACCAGAACACCCUAAGGACUCUGAGUCUGUUGCCCGGGCGAAGGACAGACACUACCAAUUAUACUCAAAGAUAGCUGAGGAACAUGCUCACCCCGAAAAUGUUUUACCCUCGGUCCCCCAGCAGUCCGAAGCAGUAGCAGCUGCAACCUUAAAGCACUUAAACCUGUUUCGAGUUAUAGCCGAGCAGCACGCGCGCAUCGCUGCAGAAAGGGAAGCGCUACAAAGAGAGGAAGAGGAGAAACAACACCUGGAAGAGCUGCAGCACCUGCAGGAGCCACAAGAACUAGACCACUGA